AGAUUGCUGAAGAAUGAAUGAACAGCCCAAAUGAAACAUCACGCAUAGGUGCUUAUGGCAGCAUCGGAUGAUCACCACGGGGAGGUGGUCACAGCAUGAGCAUUGACACAGCUGAUACCAUCGUAGAUGUUUGCUUGUCUGUGCUCGCCGUCUCCGGAUUGAUCUCCAACUCUCUCGUCCUCAUCGUGUUCUAUCGUAGGCCUGCUCUGCGCUCUCCGUCUAACCGGUUCGUAGGAAGCCUAGUAUUCUCCAACCUAAUCUCCGCCAUGGUUCUCGCCCCCGUGCUGGUGUCCAGAGUCCCCUGGCUCUCGGCAGGUAUGAGUGCCUUGGUCGCCACUUCCACUGUGUUCUCCAUCGUCGCCAUCGCGCUGGACCGCUACCGAGCCGUCCUUUCGCCCCUGCACUACGCCAUGACAGUCACCCGCAGACGGAGUCUGGCAGUGAUUGGUGUAACGUGGAGUCUUUCUGCACUGCUGGCAUCACCUCACCUCCUCAUGACAUGUGAGACCCCAGUCUUCUGGCUGACUCACUCUCUUGUCGUGCUGUUGCUGGGAUUCACCUUUCCUCUUAUUGCUCUGGUGCUGAUCUAUGUCAGGAUGUACGUCGCGGCGCACAGGAACAGCCUGCGUACGAGACGACAAAGUAUGACAACAGAUCUGGAGUUGGCUCGAAGGACUUCCAAUGCGACAUUCUCUGCAUUGUUCUUUCGUGAAGAAGGUCGUGCUGUUAAGACUGCUGUGAUGGUUAUAGCCUCUUAUCUGUUUUGUUGGACACCAUACUUUGUGUCCUCCACAAGUCAAACCUGGGGUGGAGUAUCGUUACCCAGGUCACUAGUUACAAUUUGUGCCAUUUCUGGGUCUUCGUUGAAUCCGUUUGUUUAUGUUUUCCGCAACGAGUCAGUGCGCAAAGAAGCCACAAAAGUAGUCUGUUGGUGGAGGGUACCGUCGUGUCCCCCGGGUCAGCCCCCGGGCACUGUCCCACGGGUGCGUCACCAGUCAUCCUCCAGGUGCGACUCCAUGAGUGUCCAGAGCUUCCAGAUGUCCACAACAGAGUGUCAUCACAUGGAACCUCCCCCUGCGGACUUUGUCACCACUUACAACCCGAUCCAAGGAGAGUCACAGCGCUACGAGAGUGUGACGUUCCGUCUGGCGCAGCGGAGAUGUCAAACCUGUGUGAGACAGAACUCCGACUCGUCUACAGGCAGCGGACAUCCGUUGCUGACUCCCCUACCUCGGCGUCAGCGACCUGCCAGUGAGCCUUCCACCCCUAGGCACUUCAACAACAAUGACAGCGACGACAAGACCACAGUUUUCAAGUUCCAGGAGGCGCCGGAUCGGUUGCACGAAGUUGGAGAAAACCGAAGAGAACGUUUCAGGCUACAACGUCUUCCUGCGAUAGAGGCAGAUGAGCCUGGAACCCAAGUGUAGAAAGAUGAAGAUCCGUUUGGGAUUUCAACAAUGGUCUAAUGCAGAGCUGAAGAAAAGCUUUGUCUGUGGUCUGUGGAUUUGAUUCCAUGGUUUUACUGCAGAUUUUGUAGUCAGCGCUCAGCAGAGGGUACAAGAAACAACCACAUCCUACUAACACCUUUAGAAUGUGGUAGAAAGGAUACAUCUGUGAAACGGAGGACCCAUCGAUGAUGGAAUUGUUAGAUGAAUGUAAUUAUUGUAAAUCUAGGUUUAUUUGGGUAAGAUAGAAAUGUAAUAUUUUUUGCUGGGACCAUGAAAAAGUUUGAGUGUUGGAAGACUUCCGGAUUAGAUUUUCAGAAAUAUUGGUUCAAGAUUAUUUUAUUUUGAGUAAUACAUUUCUCGUCCAGAACUCACUAAGCUUUUUGGUUGGCAAUAAAUUAUUUAUCCCUAUAAAAUAUGUUUUUCUUCAUCUAGAAGCUGACACACUGAUACUCACAGAUUUUUUUGAAAAGUUCAACCUGAUCAUUAGAUACUAGUAGAUGUUAAGUAAGUGCUGUUACAUUCAAAUAGUAGGUUACUUUACUCAUAACAUAUAAAUAAAUACAUCAUUUAGCUUAAUGAAAGAAGUCUUUUUUACUGUGUUGGGUGCAAACUAUCAAAAUUUUUAAUUUAGAGGGAGAAGUCCCAUAGUUACACAUGUUGAUCACUUUUAUAACCUGAUGGAAGUUUCCUUGUGAUUAUCAGAGUUGGCACACUGGCACACAUUCUGCAAGGUCCUCAAAAGCUGUCCAUAAAUUAAGAUCUCCGCCAAUCUCAUGUCACAGCCAAGCAAGUUAGUUCUUAUCUGAAAAGCCAUGCUCUUUGCUUUAUCCACUAUUAUUCCAGUUGGUUCCCACCUAUAUGUAACCAUGAGUGUCGUCAGUAGCGGAAAACAAUGUAUGGUAAGAUUGACGUUCCCUCCAAGUGUAAAUAACGUUUAUGUUUUUGUGGAACGGUGGUCAAUCCCUAUUGAAAUCUGUCGCCAGGCAGAUGUGUACGCAGAAAUUGGUUGUACACAGAAAAGUUGCAUAAGUGGCUAUACUCCCUGCAGGGUGUGUUCAUUAGAUUCA